AGCUCUUUGCAGUUCGCCGACAGUCACGGCAAAAGAAACCCCAAACCAGGCAGGGACACGCCCACUGACACACCCAUGCCGCCCAAAGGCCCAGACCCCUACGAGUACGCUGUACGUCUAUCCAAAAACUCGAAGCUUAUUCGAGAGUUCGUUGACCCGUCCCAUGUGACCCCGAUCUUGACCCAGAACAAAAUCAUGACGAAAAUGGAGGCUGACGUGGUGUACCACCUGCAUGACACGAGCAAGAAAUGGGACCUAAUUCUGGCCGUGUUGCAGCAGAGGGGCGAAAGGGCGUACCAGGCUUUUCUGGUGGCGCUGUUACAGAGUAAAUACGUCACCAUGUUCCACACGAUACAGGGCACAAGAGUUUCUCUCUCCGACAGAGAGAAUUAAGCAGACGACAACGACCAUGAGGGCAGCUUUAGUUUAUGGCCAAGAAGAAGAGAGAGAGACCAGACCAUGUACACACACA